UCCUGUUGGACGCCUUCAGCCACUUCAAGGUGUCUUCAGCUUUGCUUCAACCCGAGCAGACGGAAGCCGGGCUACAGGGCCACAUACUGCACCCUCCCGCUUCUUCCUUACGCCUGAUUUUGAGGUUACCUUCUGCGGCUGGACUUGACACAAAACGACUCUGAUAUACGUGUCAGUACAGAAUGAGCUUUAAGAAGAGCAAGCUCGAUCUGCUCAUUCGAGUACGGUACUCGAACCCAUUACCAGCGCCACCAUGUCCUCCAAAACUUCUGGAUAUCUCCACCAGCUCUUCACGCUACGCGCGCCCAGAGUUUCUCGACGACAUAGCGGCCGACGCGCCGUUACCUAUGAUCGUGGAUGGAGACCUUGGCAUGCCACUUGACUUGUCACGAUGGGACUGCCUUUGGGACGAGAAUGCGGAUCCUUCCGACUUGAACCCUUCGGAGGAAAUGGCACCAAAACCAGACCAAAAGGACCUCUUUCUGCUCGCCGACCCCACGUCCUCGGGGCCCUAUCUCCCUAACGGCGCCGGAGCAUCCACUAUCGCAUCCGCGUCAACACCGUCCUCGAUGCCACACGUAACAUGGCUCCGGCGGACAGAAUACCUUACCCGCGAAGCUUCGUCGCGUCCAACGCCGUCACAAGAAGCGAAGCAGAACAUGGACGUCCCGGUAGACAUAUCCCGGUCUGCGCAGAUUAACGACAUCGAAGCGUCGUUCAUGGCCACGGAUACCUUUGACCUAAGCGCGCUCAAACAUCCCAAUAAACCCGACGUUACGGCAAUAGACUCAUACGAGGUAUUCCCCGACGCCGAGAUUUGGGCGAAUGCAUACGACCUCUUCCGGUUCUCAGAGCGGCCGGGAGAGCGACCACCUGAGGUCGACGACCCAAGACUUGACUGUGCCAUCUUACGGCCCAUGGAGUCAGACGGCGACCACUUCUUGGCGUACUACCUUACGAAGGACGACGAGACUGCCCUCCAAUUCAAGCAAGAACGGUUGGCACGUUCACCUGACGCGCCUGAGGAGGACGAGCCUAUUCCGUUCCACUUCGUCCGCGAUUACGAAGUGGUGAAAGUGGAGCAAGAAGUUCCGAACGAGUUCCUGCUCGUCAUUGACGAUGGCGACGAUGGCGAAGCGCCGGAAGACGAGGACCAGAAGCCGCAGAAGGCCCGCACGAAGGGCGCCUACUACAAGAACAUCGAGCGCAAGAUGCUGCUCAAGAAGAAGCGCCAGAACGUGCGUGCACCGUAUCAGCUGCGUGGGUCCACGCUGACUACUGACGGUUUACAGGCGUACGAGGCGUAUCACGAUAAGUGGGAUAUCAUCAAGAUUACACAUUGUCCAAUGAGUCAAGAAGAGGAGACGGAGCGCGAAGAGGCCCUGGCGGAAGUCAUGGACCCCAUGUACCUUCUGAACCGAGGUGAGGCCGACGCGGAAGGCGAGAUAGACGACACAUUGCAGGAUGCGUCCGCUGUGAAUGGCCUCGCCGACGGUGCAAUAGCGCAAGACGCGUUUGAGGUGUUCGGAGAGUAGCAUGGUGAUUGUACGCAUUCUAUAUGCCAUGGUCUCCGCUAACGACGGGCGCAGUCAACCGUCUCUGUUGUUUGUAACAUAUAUGCUGUAUUGGAGUUGGCACAGGUGCUCAUUACAUUGCAAUCUUUAUCGUCUUGCCACGGACGCUUAG